AGGAGCAGGCUGAGCUGCGAGCUGCACGGGCGCUGUCACAGCUCCAGCAGUGGCUCAUGGAGCUCUACAGCACCCCGUCGAAGCAGCUGGACAAGUUCAUCUAUGAGAAGCUGCAGCCCGACAGAGUGUUCCUGGAGCAGCUGCAGCAUGCCGUGCACAUGAUCUGCGAGUUCCUGCGGGAGUCCUGCUUUGUGGUGGCAUCUGCACCUCGAACGCGGGUCCUCAAGGUCGUCAAGGGUGGCUCUGCAGGCAAAGGCACAGCCCUCAAAGAGAACUCUGACGCUGACCUCGUGGUGUUUCUCAGCUGCUUCAAGGACUAUGAGGACCAAAGGAAAAACCGGGAAGAGAUCAUCCGUGAGAUCCAGCAGAGGCUGGUGGAGUGCAAGAAGCAGAGGCAUUUUGAGUUGGAGUUUGACGUGAUUCGGCCAAAUGCCCGUGUGCUGAGCUUCCAGCUGAGCUCCAGGACACUCUCUGAGUCCAUCAGCUUUGAUGUGCUGCCAGCCUAUGACGCACUAGACCACCUUGUCUCUGGCUACAAGGUCAACCCCAUGGUUUACAUCCAGCUCUUCCAGAAGUGCUUGCCAGGGGGUGAAUUCUCCACCUGCUUCACGGAGCUGCAGCGGGACUUCAUCGUCAGCCGCCCUACCAAAGUGAAGAGCCUGAUCCGCCUGGUGAAGCACUGGUACAAGAGCUACGUCCGUCAGCACAAGCAGAUGCUGAGGAAUGGUGAGAGCCUGCCACCGAAGUAUGCCCUGGAGCUCCUGACGGUCUACGCCUGGGAGGAGGGGAGUGGGGAAACAAACUUCAGCAUGGCCGAGGCCUUCCGCACAGUGCUGGAGCUGCUGCAGCACUAUCAGCAGCUCUGUGUCUACUGGACUGUCAACUACGACUUCAGCAAUGAGACUCUGAGGAGCUACCUGUCACGUCAGCUCAGCAAAAGCAGGCCUGUCAUCCUCGACCCGGCUGACCCAACGAAUAUUGUGGGCAACGGGAGCCGCUGGGACCUGGUGGCGAAGGAGGCUGAAAAGUGCUGUAGGCAGCAAUGCUGCAUGUCCAGCAGUGGAACGCCUGUGCGGCCGUGGAACGUGCCGCCUGAGCAAACACACUGGAAGAGGAAGGAUGUCUGCAGACUGAACUACUUGAGACCGGCUGAAGACCUGUGCUGUCCGCUGUCAGCACCUCAACCUGCACCUGUCUCUCCCAUCAGCACCUUCCCAAGGCCACAGUGGUCAGAAGACCUCUGCACUGUCCUCUGAGGGACCGCUCUUGAGCACGUCCUUGGGCAGGAGGGCAUGGGAAGAGGGAGCGGGAUGAAGGCAGGGACUCCUGGGCUCUGCUUCUGUUCCUUGGGCUCAGAGGAGCGAUGGACAUGGGGCUGAUGUCACCUCUGGUAGAAUGCACCCGGUUCCCACCGGCACCCCGGUUUUACAGGUCGCUGUGCCUGCUGGUGAUGUUAUUUGCUGCGGGGGAAGGGGAGGCGAGCUCUCCAUGGUAGUGGGCAGCUGUGCUCCUGCUGCCCUGCCUCCUCCUCCUCCUCCUCCUCCUCCUCCUCCUCCCCUUGCUGCAGGCACCUUCUCUUCCCCAUCUGCAGCCCGGCUCCCAGCCCUGUCCCUUACAAGCUCUGUGGGGGAGAAGAACCCACGCAAGGGCACGCAGAGCCCAGUCUGCAGAGCUGGGGGUGCCUCCUCGGGCGGCAGGCAGGAGCAUCUCCUGCCUUCAUCUCCGAGCAGGUAGGCCCUGCCCUGCCCAAGCAACGCAGCUCCUCACCUCCAGCCUCCCCAGCUCUGCCCUGCUCUCCAGGAACACUGCAAGGGCCUGGCGUCACGCGUGACCCGGAGCAGAGGGAAUACGCGGAGGCGUGGCGGGGCAUCGUCCUCCCUUUCUGGACGGCCAGCAGGCUCACUGACUCACCCUUCAGCCCCCUUCCUGCGUCCAGCAGCACCUCCUCAUUAAACCCUGCCGUGCUUUCCAUUG